AUGGAAUCAGUAGAAGAUAGACUAGCUUCAUUACAAGCAGACCCAGAAUUAUACGAUAUGGAAAUGCUACAAGAUAUGAAACAAGGUCUAUUAGCUAAAUCAGGUGCUUUAACAGAUGAUAAUGUAGAAGAACAUAAUGCAGUAUGCAAAAGAAUAAAAGAACUAUCAGAAGCAUUUGAUGAUGCUAGCUUUGAAGAACUUAAAGCAGAUAUAAGAGAGAAAACAGAAUAUAAUACCACACAGGGGUUUAAUAAAACACAAGAAGAAUUACAAGCUAUGGCACAAGGUCAUAUUGACUUUGUUACAGAGAUGUACUCAGAGAAGAAUAUAGAUGAGAACAUUACUUGUGAGUAUAUUAGACCUUAUGCUGAUGCUGUUCAAAUACAACAACUAGCUAAACGCAAAGGUGAGGACUUCAAUCACUUGAUGUCAUAUAUUGAUAAAUAUAAAAGAGUACCACAAUCCGAUAUCAGGGGAAUGGGAAGUAUCAGAACAUAUGAAAGAGUGUUAAAAGCUAAGAGCUUGCAAGAUAUUAUCAAUAUCUGUGAUGAAAUAAUGGAAGAGUUCAGCGAUAGAUAG